AUGAAGUCUGCUGUUCUGCUCUCUAUGAUCCCCAGUGUGCUAGGCACGACUAUCUACCUGGCUGGUGACUCAACCAUGGCCAAGGGAGGCACUGGAUCCGGUACUGCAGGAUGGGGCGAGUACGUCUCACCCUACACAUCAGCCACGGUCUCCAACCAAGCCGUCGCCGGACGCAGCGCGCGAUCUUAUACUCGCGAAGGCCGAUUUGCCACCAUCGCCAGCAAAGUCCAAGCCGGAGACUGGGUGAUCAUCGAAUUCGGCCACAACGACGGUGGCUCGCUCUCCACGGACAACGGCCGCACCGACUGCUCCGGCACAGGCGAUGAGACAUGCACCACGACCUAUAACGGCGUAACGGAGACUGUCCUGACAUUCCCUAAAUAUCUAGAAAAUGCAGCCAACACGUUCAAGGCCAAGGGGGCCAAUGUGCUCAUCUCCAGUCAGACUCCCAACAACCCGUGGGAGACGGGUACAUUCGUAUACUCCCCCUCGCGAUUUGUGGGAUAUGCCAAGCUGGCAGCCCAGGUCGCCGGUGUCUCGUAUGUGGACCAUGGUGCUUAUGUGGCAGACAUCUUUGAGUCGUUGGGUGCUGAUGUUGUCGAUGCGUACUUCCCGCUCGAUCAUACCCAUACGAGCCCUGCUGGUGCGUCUGUCGUGGCUCAGGCAUUCUUCAAGGCCGUGGUUUGUGGAGGAGUCGGGCUGGAGAGUCUCUUGAACACUAAGAGCUUCGAGGGUAAAUGUCUGUGA